AACAGUACUUCUGUCUUGUCAGGAUUCAACUUCAAUCCAUUAGCUGCCAUCCAUCCUCCAACCGCCUCCAGGCACUCACACAGGACCUUCACCGCCUUCACUGGUUCUGAUUUGAAAGAGAGGUAGAGCUGGACCAGUCGUGGAGCUCGAGGAGGGCAGCAGUUCCUCUCCGGCGUGGGAGAGGGCGGUCGCGAGCUCGGGUGGGCCGGGAAACCGGGCCCGGGGAAGGCGCGGCGGCAGCGGCGCUGCUGGGCGUCCCAUGGUGAGGCGCAGGGCGCUGUGGAGCUCCGGCCUCGCGCUCAUUUCCCCCUCGGCGAGCCCGGCAGCGGCCAAGGAGGGCCGGCAGCCUCGAGGCCUUUGGGGCCAGCAGCAGCAGCAGGAACCGGGCAGAAAGCGCGGCAGCAGCAGCAGCAGCCCCGUCAUGGACGACGAGGAGGAAGAAACGCCUCAGGGGAGGUGAGGAGCGCCAGCGCCGCUUCCCGGGUGGAUUUAUUCACAUUUCUAAGGCUGGCGGGGGGGGGGGCGGGAUCCGCAGCCCGCUUUGCUCGCGCCGAAUACCACAUGAAACGUAUUUCUUUCCUUUCCUUUCGCCUGCGAGAAGCAGCCCCUCCUCCUCCCGCAGUGGGCAUGCACCUCCGCCGGCUGCUAGAAUAACUCGGGAUUUUGCGAAGGCGAUUUCGCGCCGCGAUUAUUUCGCAGCCCCCCCCCGAGAGGAGCCGGCUUGGCUGAGGCGAACAUCGCUCUCCGGCCGCGCAGUUGUGGUCUAAGGCUGCAAUCCUCUCUAUUGCUUACCUAAGGGCAAACCCUGUGUCCCUGCUUCUGAGUAGACGCAUAUAGGGCUGUGCAGGAGUUGUUGCCUUCUGUGGGACUUCCUUCUGAGGAAGCUUCGAUCAGGUGGGUCUGGCCGCGGGUGCAAUUUGCUGGAGUCCCGUUGGAGUCCCUGAUCCAGCAACGCAUUGGAUCCAGCAUCGCAAAAGCCUUCCCUUACGAAAUAUGUCACUUGUGAAUGUGGAUCAUAUGGAAUAGAACCUGGAAGUGAGAUGAUUUUAAAUUAAGCCUCCUAUGCAUUGGGGCUCUUUUCCACAACUGAAAAAGGGCAUUUAAGCAGCUUGUGCAUUUGUGCAACAUCUGGAUGUUCAUGCGGGCUAGCUAGACUGAAGAGAGAAAUGAAAUGUAUGCUCAUUCUUUCUUUCAAAUGAAAGAUAUGCUUAAAUCUUUUUGUGUGGAAGUGCCUGCAGGUUUUCCAUUUAAAUGAUAGUCUCAAAAACUAAGAGCUACUUUUUAUGAGAAUUGCAAACGGUAGAUGUGCAAAAACUGAUUUAUGCACCACUUUUGCAAAUGGGCUAAAUUGAUAUUCUUGUCUUUACUGGGUUGUGGAUGGGGCUGCUGCCGCCCAUGAUUUACGUGUGUCUUGUCACUUCCCAGCCAUCUGUUGUAGUAUCAAGCCCUUGCUGAAGUUCUUUGGACAUACUGUGCAAAUGACUAACACAUUGUCUGAGUGAGGGCCUCCCACACUGUCAGUUUAAAUGGAAUGCAGUUGAGGUACAUGGCAAAUCAGCAUGUAACUUGCUAUCACAUUGGAAGGCGGUUUGCAGAUGGCGCCUAUUCUUUACAAGCAGGUAUAGCAAUCUUUGUGUUUUAGAAAUAGCAAAUAGUUAAACCUUUGUCACCCUUUAAUUCAGCAUUUAUGGAUCUCUGUUAUUUGUAUUUACCAGGGAUGAAUUAAGGGAUUGCUGCUGCGGUCUGUGAAAAUCAGGUGACUAUAACUGCAAAUCGUUAGUGUUUUUUAGAAUUGGAAGACAGUGUACUGAAGACAGUUGCUAAAGUCUCUCUCUUUGCCAUCUGGGGCUUAAUUUGAGCUGUGCCUCAUCAUGUCUUGGACCUCUUUAAGGGCCACGUUAGGGCUUGUGACAGUUUAAUAGUAAUAUUUUACAAUUCAGUUGUUCAUUUUGCAGAUUUCUAUGAAUGGGCAACCACUUUGAGGGAUUCUUGUAAGGACUACAAAGAAAAUAGAUUAUGUCCAAUUGAGAUAUUAGCAUACAUUGUGUCCAACCCCGUCUUCCCCUGGGAAGAUCUGUCUCAUUUUUAGCUGGUGAAUCAGACUGGACUGGAGAGUGAAAGCCAGGCAGAUCAGUUCAGUUGCUAUACUCCUAGCCUUCUCCCUCAUUGAGAUGGAAAUGCGCUGCAGCAGUCUUCAAAAAGCAUGUUAUAUAAUCCCUCUCUUCCAAAUUUGUAUGCCUUGCAGCACUGAUUUCUUAUUUAACGUUUGCACAUAAAAACAAUAUCCUGUGGAAUGAUAUUUGUUGUAGGUGCAGAUCUUCAGUAGGGAUCAGCCUAAAAUAAUCUGGAGUAUUUAAAAAUGAACUGUGUUCUGCAGAAAUAUGUUUCAAUGUCUGGCAACUGGCCCUAUUAUUUAAUGUGUCUUGUGUUGCAUAUGCUGGACAGCUUGCUAGCAAUCACUCUUAAAUAGUAUCAAUAAACGCUGGUGUAAAAAAGUAGUAUGUUGUUUAAUGUGAGUCUGAUUUGUUUCUGUUCUUUGUAUGCUGGGCAACUAAAUGCAAAGGAAUAUAUAAAAAAAUUAAAAAAUUGUCCAGUAGCACCUUAGAGACCAACUAAGUUUGGUCUUGGUAUAAGCUUUCAUGUGCAUGCACACUUCUUCAGAUACACUGAAACAGAAGUUACCAGACCCUUAUAUAUAGUGGGAGGGUGGGGUGGGGUUUUUCUCAGAAGGGUAGUAGAAGAUGGGUGAUUGACUCAGUGGGUAUGGUAAACCUGUUGAAGACUGUUAACAACUGCAAUUAGUAUGUAAUGAGACAGGAAUCCUAUUAAGACAGAUCUUAAUAGAGAUGCUACCGGACACGGGUGGUGCUGUGGUCUAAACCACAGAGCCUAGGGAUUGCCGAUCAGAAGGUCUGCGGUUCGAAUCCUCGCAAUAGGGUGAGCUAUUGUUGCUCGGUCCCUGCUCCUGCCCACCUAGCAGUUCGAAAGCACGUCAAAAUGCAAGUAGAUAAAUAGGUACUGCUCUGGCAGGAAGGUAAAAGGUGUUUCCGUGCGCUGCUCUGGUUCUCCAGAAGCGAGCUUAGUCAUGCUGGCCACAUGACCCGGAAGCUGUACGCCAGCUCCUUCAGCCAAUAAAGCGAGAUGAGUGCCACAACCCCAGAGCCGUCCGCGACUGGACCUAACGCUCAGGGGUCUCUUUACCUUUUUAAUAGAGAUAUUGGAUGCCUGUCUCAUUACAUACGCUAAUCAUCUGCAUACUAUCCCUUGCUUUUUCCUGUAGAACUAAUUGCAGUCGUUAACAGUCGUCAACAGGUUUACCAUACCCAUUGACUCAAUCACCCAUUUCCUACUACCCUGCUGAGAAAAACCCCACCCCACCCUCCCACUAUAUAUAAGGGUCUGGUGACUUCUGUUUCAGUGUAUCUGAAGAAGUGCGCAUGCACAUGUAAGCUUAUACCAAGAACAAACUUAGUUGGUCUCUAAGGUGCUACUGGACAAUUUUUUUAUUUUUUUUAUGUAUUUCAACUGCGUCAGACCAACACAGCUACCUACCUGAAUCUAAAUGCAAAGAAGUAAAGGUUCCUGGACUUGAUAUAAAAGGAUUAGUUAAUUGGGGUAUGUUCAAAUUAUACUGUUUGCCAUUUGUAUAUAUGUUUUAAUGCGAAAAGAGCUAUGCACCUUCCUCAAAGACAACCUUCAGUAGUGUUUCUCAAACUUAAUAAAAUAAUUCCCCCUUCCUCCCAAAAAAGAUUUUAAGUGUCGACCAGAAAAAUGGUUCUGACUCUCAAAGGAAUGAAGUCCUGUAACAGCCUCCAAAAUAAAUAUCAAAGGAACUACUAGCUUUUUAGUUUUAAAACUGUGAGCAUGAGUGAGAGAUUUUGUUUAAUUUUGAUAUGCUGUCUUGCGAUUGACAAGAAAAAAAAUGUUCUGCCCCUAAAACUUGUAGGAGUUACUGCCGCUGGAGACUGAGAUCCUGGACAGCUGGGCUGAUUGCAAAGAGCCAAGGUGUUUGCAAGGUGUUCUACAUUCUGUUUACUUUAGUUGCUGCAUUUUGUUUCUAAAGGAAAUUUGCCCGAUGAGCUCACUUGGCACGCUUAGCCUUGUUUCCUCCUACAUGCGAAGAACAACAAUCUAGAUUGUUUUGUUGUUUUGUUAUUCGUUGCACCAAUCCAUUGGGAAUGGCUGUUUGGAUGUGGAAGAUCACUAUUCAUGAUUGGACUACUGUAGUUAGCCUUUGGAGUUCCUUCUGUUCUCUUGGGAUUCAUGUUUCUUUCGAUUGUGGGUUCAUGAGUUUCUACAGAGAUCAUGAGGCUCCUGUUGAUUUUCAGCACAGUAUUACCUUGGCCGGGCAAUCUCAGCUUCUGUUGUUGAAUUUCCCUCCUAGCAUUCUCUGCCUUUGCUUUUUUCAAGCCUGUCAUCAUACAUGUACACUCUGUGCCCUGCUUCUAUUUUGACAUCUCCCCCUCCCUGCCUCUCUCCAUCUUUCAUACCUGCCGUUGACUGUAUAAAACCUUCUCACUGCACAUGCUUUAAAGAUGAUAGAGCACCGGGACAGUUUGCUCCAAAAUAGAUGAGCAAUGGCAGGGCCGGCCCACCCAUGAGACAUGGGGAGGAGACAAGCCUCAGGUAGCAGGAUCCACAGGGACACACGUCAUUUCGCGACACAGUAAUUCAGUUUUACUACCAAACUGGAGGUGGAACUAACCCCCUUCCAGCCCCGGGAGAAGCACACACUUGCACACUGCAGACGACACACCAAUGUGUCGCAACACAGAGUUUGGAAAGCUCUACUCUAGGGUUGCCUGGGCUCUCUACUGCCCAGUGUGAUUCAGAGUGCCCGACCCCCCCAUGGCCUUUGAUUCCCACUACAACCAUUGGGUAAGGUUGAUUUGACACUCCACCGCUGCCCCCACUCCUGGUGUAGAGCUUCAUUAUGCUUUUUCCCCUGGAAAGGUAAGGGCAGUGCCACUUUCCGGUUCGGCUGGCCCUGAUCAGUGGUAAUGCAAACUGCCCGUCCCUCCCGGUGCUGCCCUGUGGAUUGUAGGCAGGGAUUCCUGCUCGCUUGCCUGUGUAAGCUGAACCCUCAGUUUCAUCCCUCCAUGGCUAGGAUCUCCCCCCAGUGUGUAAGUUCAUGAGACGUGGACUUGACAGGUCCCAUGUAAAAUGUCACAGCAAUGGGUCUGAGGGACAGUGGACUUGGCCUCCUGCUGAAAAAGUUUGCUGACCCCUCUAUUAAAAGGUUCCUUGAUCUAUGUGAUUCCACAGUAGAUCAGGCAUAGGCAAACUCGGCCCUCCAGAAGUUUUGGGACUACAACUCCCAUCACCCCUAGCUAACAGGACCAGUGGUUGGGGAUGAUGGGAGUUGUAGUCCCAAAACAUCUGGAGGGCCGAAUUUGCCUAUGCCUGCAGUAGAUUCUCAGGCCGUGUUUCUAUAUCUAUCUAUCUAUCUAUCUAUCUAUCUAUUUUUUAUUAAAUUUGUUUUACCAUUUAAAAUACUCAUUUUACAUCCUUAAGAUAUCAGUGACUUCCCUUCUCUUUCCAUGGGUCAUUUUACAGAUCAUAAAUCCCUGCAUAUUUUACAAAAACUAUACCAUUCAGUAUUCCAUUAUUGCAUUCAUCAAAACUUAUUUACCCUGUUGAUUUUAUCUUAAUGCUGCCAGAGUUUUCAGCUGUACACAAUUAUUUCCCAUAUAUUCUAUAAACGUUUUCCAAUCUUCUUUAAACAUAUGUUCUUCUCAGGCCGUGUUUCAUUCCAAAUGCCUUGAACCUUCUGUUAAGCUUCAUAGUAUUGUUUUUUUAAAAGCAGCAUUCAUAAUUGCAACGUAUUUUCCACUUGAUGCCUAAAGCAAUUUCAUCGCUAAAAAGCAACAAAAUGAAGAGGAUGGGGAAGAAAAUGCAUUAUGCCUGUCAGAGCCUAAGUGGUUAAAGUUGCUGGAGACAUUUCCUUCACAGAGUCUAUUUUAGACCUCUCACAUUAGUUUAAAACAAAAGCAAGCAAUGCGUCUUUUGCUUCUGAGGAUUCUCUUGCUAGCCAGGGUCUCAAGGUGACUUGUUUUGUGUAUUAAAAAAGAAGCGAAGCUGCUGAGUGCUGGUUUUUCAGUCACGCUUGCUGGCAGAGCUUUUUCCAUUUUGGCCCAUUGGGGAAGCACUGACAGUAACAAUUCAGAAUAUAAACCUGACCUUCUCCAACUGUGGCAUGUUCAUGCCCUACGAAGCUUCUGGAAGGGCAUCAAAGAAAUUGCAGGGCAGUUUCUGUGAUUAUAAAAAUGGCAGAAUCCUGCUUUUUAAAUUGCAAGUUGCUGCUGUGACCUGCUGUUCCCCCUUCAGGUAUUAAUUGAAAAAUGAAAAUAUUCAUAAAAGAAACAUCUGCAACAACUCGAAGACUAUGGUCCUGCAGCUGCUGGCAUUUUAGUGGGAUUUCAGUGUGCAGAACUGAGUGCAUGGUUGCCGUUUAGGCAUUGUACAAUUCGAAGUUUAACACUACUGUUAAUCUGUCUCUAUGAGUUGUAUAAACUUUUGCUUUCGAUCUCAUUUUAAAAGGGGGCUAUUCUCCAAAAUGAAAGCAUUAGAAACAGGAGGAGGGAGAAUAUUUGGAAAUGUUGCAUUGACUCUCAAAUGAAAGUGAUUACGAUAUUUAUUAUUUUAAUUGAAGGCCUAUAGGAAGAUCUCUUUUUCAGCUUCGUGUGUCAUAUAUUUAUAUAUUUAUGGUAGCUGAUAUUAUACCUCUGUUCACUGAGUCUCAGUGAAAAGAAAGCUGUACUGUGUUAAGUUCUUCACAGUCCAAAGGUACCUGCAUUCCUUUCACACACAUACUAUGUGGGUUAUCAGUCAUAUUUACCAUUAGCCAACACGCACCUUUAGACCACACACACCUAGGGUGUAACAGGAAGCAGGGUGGUUGCUUUUUCUCAGGUAUCAGGUUGCAAUAUUUGCUUUUCAUAAGAGAUGCAAAAUAUAUUGCUGCCUCUGGAGGAGACUGAAAUACCUGGAUGCAUGACUUGCAAUAAGUUGGAGUCCUUAAAAUAUAGUUACUGUCAGUUUGCCACCUCAGGGUGGGGGGCAAUCUCAUGUUGAGAGAAUAAACGGUCUACUUGUCACUGUCUUGGUGUGUAUGUAGGGAGAUCAAGUACCAUUGUAUUUACAGAACAGAAAAAACUUUGGGAUGUGUAGACCAUGGGCUGUUGACCUUUACACUGGCAUUCAUAAAUUGCAUGAAUCUGCUCAUAUUCCUCAGUUACCAUAGCCCUUUGGCUUUUGCAUCUUUGCAUGCUGCUGUUCAGCAAGUGGCAAAAUAGAAAAGCCUCUGUCUUUCAUAAAUGGUGGUAUAUUCCUUUUUCUUGUCUAUUUCCCUACGUAGAAGUUAUAUACCGGUAGCAGAUGGAACUCUUUAAAUUAUAUCUUCCAUUCCCUUCAUCCUUCAGAGGACUCAUCAGAGCAAUCUUUUAUCCAUGAAUUCAGACUGCUGCAGUGGCAGGCCUAAUUUAUAUGGAGCACUAGGCAAAAGUAUAAAACUGGUCCUACUGGAUGAAAAGAUGGGGUGUACACUGGUAAGCCCCACCUUCUCUCACACAUGCCCCUGUAUGCGCAUGGCCAAGCUGUCCCAUUUUCAUGGAGUAUUAAAACCUGUUUUAAAACUAUGCACUUGCAAAAUAACAACUAUGGAGCCCUGAGGCAGGCAUCUGUGUCUGAGGCUACGACAUGCCUUGUCUCAGCAUCCCAAAAAACCGGAAUGAAUUGUAGUGUAAUGAUUUCAUGCAGUGGGCUGUUUAAAGAAAUACAUGUUAAGAGCCAAAGGGAAUAUAUAAGCUGGUAGAGGCCUUUAUAGCUACAAGAAAAGCUUGAAAGAAUGGUCUACAUUUUAGAUGUGCUGAUGUACUAUUAAGUGUUAAGGAAAAUAUAUUUCUUUUGAGCAGAAUACCGACUAAUGCCUUACAAGUCUCAGCAAAGCUGCAGAAUAACUAGAAAUGGAGCCACGUGGCUGUAGCCCUCUCCUCACCUGAGCUGUCACCGGCCCAUGACAUCACAAUUUCACUUCCCAGCAAAAGGCUGCCUCUACAGCAGCAGGAAAUCUUGAGCAGGUGGUGAGGGAAGGCUCAAAAUACUAAAGUGUAUUACUUCUUAACAUUGAUUCUUCACUUCUUUUCUUUCUGCUUAAAUUUUGCACCAACACAGUCUUAAGGUUAAUAGCAAAAUGAUCGUGAAUUAUGACAAAUCCAGUUAUUCACCCAAGCUGGUAAGUACUGUACUGUAUGAGAAGAAUCAUAGCUGUUAACUGAACUCUAGUUUAGAUGGCGCUCAGUGGUGGAACCAGAUUUCUUAAAUCAGCAGUGCAGUGCUAAACAUAUCUCACUGAGUUGAGUGGGGCUUCCGAACUGGGUACAGUGGUACCUCGGGUUACAUACGCUUCAGGUGACAUACGCUUCAGGUUAGACUCCGCUAACCCAGAAAUAUUACCUUGGGUUAAGAACUUUGCUUCAGGAUGAGAACAGAAAUCGUGCUCCGGCGGUGCAGCAGCAGCAGGAGGCCCCAUUAGCUAAAGUGGUGCUUCAGGUUAAGAACAGUUUCAGGUUAAGAACGGACCUCCAGAACGAAUUAAGUACUUAACCCGAGGUAACACUGUAUAGGAUUGCAGUCUAAGAAUACAUGCCUUACCUUACUGACAUCAAAGGAUGCACAUUCUUUGAUAUAAAAAAAGCUGAAUCUGUGUCAGUAGACUACACUGCAAAUUACGCUGGACGUGAUUUGUGUUCAAGCUGCCCUAGUACUGGAAAGGUAUAGUUAAGGUUUGAUUUAUCUCUACAUGGAAGGCCUGUUCUCACUCUCUAGAACAGUAUGAAAGCUAGUUUAUAUGUAAGAAUUAUUCUGGACAGGGAUAUUUGUAGCAACCCUGGAACUGUAAUAGGAACCUUGAAAGUAUAAUGUAGCUGAUUAAUUUGGUUGAAACCCAGACAUUUCACUACUCUUGAUUCCCCAGACUUUGUUUCCUCCUGCUUCUCCUUUCACAGCACAUUACAUCUCUCACCUGGAUACUGCAUGAGGUGUUCUCAAUUUCUUCUUCUGCGUUUACUCAGUUCCGUACCAUCCUGAUGCUGUUUUCCAAAAUCCAUGCAUCUCAGUUCACUGUUUUCUUUUAUUUACCCAUCCCAGUUUCCCCCGCUAGUUUUGAAGUCUCCCCUUAACCAACCUACAAUGCAAAGGGUCUUCAGUCCCCAGUUCUUAUGACUUAAAAAAGAGAGUUUGAUACCUCUGUUCUAAUGUACACUUCAGAGCUUAAUAGACACCUGUCUCUUGACGACUGAUCAUUAAUUGUUUCAACUAUACAGAGCUCUUGGGACCUCACCUGCCCUUUCAGGUGUAAGUAGCCGGAUUAGCAACCAAGCCACUGUUUGCUGUGAUCUUAAUAGGGGACCAAAGAGUUCAUUUUAAUCAAGCAUUUCUGACAGAAGUUCAGAGUGCAGCUGGAAAGCACUUACAAUCCCCAGUGUUCAAAGUAUUUUAAGUCUGGAUUUUGAAAUCUAAAGUCCGAAAUAGUAGGUGCAAAUGUAGUGCCCCUGUGUGGUAGGUUUGAGGUCCUUUGCAAACGAUAACUAUUACUCACUGUCAAGGGAAAGAUGAUUCAUCUUGGUAGGAAUAACCUUGUUGUUUCCAGAUAUCAUUGCUGUUUAUCAUUCCUUGCAUCCUCUCCCUAAAGUGUGAUGGAAAGUACCCAUCAGUUUAAAGCACCACAUCCACGGGGAAGCUGAUUUAGGACAUCCUGCUUCUGGUUAAUCUCUCUUUCUCUGCUCUCACCCGUGGUUUUCUCCUCCCCACCAUCCUAGCCCUGGUCAAGGAUCCCUGCUUGUCAGUGCAGAUGAAAAUGCAGAGUGCUGUUGGAUGCAAAGUUAUUGCCUGUUUGGUUGAUGUGUCUUAGGAAUGAACUUGCUAAAUCUAACUGCACAGAUUGUGAGCUUCAGGAGUGUUAGAAUCAAUUUCUGGAAGAAGGACAGACCAUCCCCUCCUAACAUGCAGGAACUCAAGAGUCUGAUGCUGUGCAUAGCAAAGAGCAAGAUUCUGCCUGAAUCGCAAAAAUCUUGCCACACCUGCUUGCUAAAACAAGUUCUUUGUGCAUUCUUUGUACAGAAAGAUGGAAGAGGAGCUGACAGGAUUAUUCUGGGGACAUUGUUUUGGGCAUUAAAAAUAUUUCAGCUAAAAAAAGAUAAACUUUUAUAUAUUUCUUUUUAGUUCUUCGCCAAAAGAUAUGGACGAAGAGCAGCCUUUGUCUCCUUGCGAUCAGAAUCCUAAAGAAGCAGUACGGAAACGGCAAAAUUCUAGUCAAGGUUCCCGGGGCAGCGAUUCUUCCAGAACAUCCAGAAAAAGCUUCAGACUGGAUUAUAGGUUGGAGGAAGAUGUAACAAAAUCAAAGAGAGGUAAAGAUGGGAGGUUUAUCAACCCCUGGCCAACAUGGAAACCUCCCUCUUUCCCAAAUAUUAUGAAAUGGGCUCUUACGGAAAAGGACAACAGCAAGGUCCCAUCUUCAAAGCAGGUAAACAUUCUAUAGUUCUAUUCAUCUAGUUAUGUUUGAAGCACUCUCAAUACCACUUCAUGUAAAUUACAUGUUUACCAGUAAGUCAAAGAUUUUUGAAGUAUAUAUUACGUGCAGUGGUGUUGCGUGGGUUGCUGGUGCCCGUGGCGUGGCAAAUGUUGCAUCCCCCUGGUGGGCUGGGCAGCUGGGGUGGAGACGCGCGUUGGGGGGGCAAGUAAAUAAAUAAUGUGGUAAAUAGAUAAAUAAACUAUCUGUGCUUCCAGACUGUUGCUAUUUUCAGGUAGGAUUCAAUCACAUACUGGUAAAUUUAGGUUGUGCAAUUAUAGUUGACUGGGAUGUCUUGCACAAAAAGCCCACUUCCCCCCAAAAGCAGACUUUUCGUAACAGAAAAAUUACUGGAAAGUGUGGGAUAACACUGCCUUUGUCACGCCACCUAAUCAAAGCAUAACUUAAGAGCUCAUCAACAUUGCACCAUAGAGCCCAGAUAAAACAAAUUCUUUGGCAGCCUUGUACAUGGAUUGCCUGUCUACUAGUAGAUCUCUGAGGGAUUUGCAGUAGAUCAGCAAGGAUUCUGACUCUCAGUUGUUUAACAAUAGCAACUAAAAGGCUUUUCUCCUACAUUACCCUAGAACUGGGUUUGAUUUUUGAGUGACAAGACUGGGAGUAAUGAAUUCCUAGCCUUUGUAUAAGAAGGCAGAGUUGAGUUGCAGCUUCAAUUUUAUGCUGGUGGUGCAUAUGCAGUAAUUUUGUAGCAGUGCUGAAAAAGCACAGGAUGCUGCAUUUGCUGUAAAAUUCAUUAUUCUGAGAGUUUCAGUCUUCUUUUUCUAACACAGCACUUUUCUUGGUUUAUAUCAUUACAGAAGCAUUACACAUAAGCAAGCAUAGCUUUGCAAUAACAGACGUUUGCUAAGGUGGAUGAGCACGUAGUUAGGAGUGGGAUUUGAAUUCCUUGAGUAGUUACUUGCCCCUUCAUUCCAGCAAAACUAGAACGAAUAAUUCAGAGCAUUACAGAUGGAAGAAUAAUUUUCAAUUUUUGUAGCAGUGUGUACAUGCAUCCCUUGUGUAUCCUCUAAAGCCCUAAACAGUUCAGGCACGGUGUCCCUUUGAGACCGAUUCCCAUGUGUUCCGUUAUGAUACCUGAGAUCUACGGAGAACAUGUUUUUAAUUAGGCCUUCUCUGUCAGAUUCAGACAGAAAGGCGGUGCAGCAUUUUCAAUGACUACCCCCAAAUAUGACAGUGUCUCCUGCUGCAUAUUCACACAAAUUCACGUCUAAACUCCUUAGCAGAUGUCCCUGUCCUUGGCUAACCUUCGGAGACCAGCAUCAAAUUAGAAAAUAAUGGUGAAAUGUUGUUCUCUGCUACUGCAGAGAGCAGGGCUAGAUCUAAUAGGUUUAAAUUACAGAAGGAAAGACUUUGGUUGAAUAUGAGAAACUUUUUAAUGGAAAGAGCAGUUUGAGAAGUGGUGGGAGGGGGCUGCCCUUUGCUGCAGGUCUAUAAAGUCUUAAACGGCUCAAUACCGCAAGGAUUCCCAGAUUCUGUGAUCAUCAUCAGAGGCCCUUCUUUGUGUGCCUCCUCUGUGAGAGGUCUGGAGGAUAAGCGACACAAGAACAGGCCUUUUCUGUGGUGGCUCCUCACUUGUGGCAUGCUCUCCCCAGGGAGGCUUGCCUGGCACCUUCGUGACAUAUCUUUAGGCACCAGGAAAAAACAUUCCUCCUCUCCCAGGCCUUUGGCUAAUGAAACAAUCUAUGCCCUUUUAAACUGGGAGGUGGGGCGGUCUUGUUUCAUCAUCAUCAUCAUUUUAUUUGUAUGCCGCCUUUCCAUAGUUAAAACAAUGCUCAAGGCGGCUUACCACAUGACAAGAUUUACAUAAUUACCAACGUAACAAAAGUCAUAAACAAUAAAACACUUCAAAAAGUACACAACCAAAUGGAAAACAAUUUCCAUAUAAAUCAUAAAAUCUAAGACUAAAAAUACAGCAUUGAUAUAAAUCACAAUUUAAAAUGACAUACAUAAAAAAUAAAAGCAAUUAAAAACAAAAACGGAGUCCUCUCUGCCCAGCAGCAGCAGCACUCCUCCAUGGAGCCUAUUAGGCCCUGCCCCAAGCCAGGUGGAGAGAAGCAGGGCAGGGCCCUAUAAUAAAUAUUUUUUGUAUUUAUAUUGUAAACUGCCCUGUGAUCGUUAGAUGAAGGGCAAUAUAUAAUAAUAAUAAUAAUAAUAAUAAUAAUAAUAAUAAUAAUUUGGAAUGCCCUUUGUAUUUGGGAAAUGAUUUUCAUGUUUACUGUUAGUUGUUGGUCAUCUCUUUUCUAAAUGUUAUCUGUCAGUGUUAUCUGCAAGCAGAGUUGGACCUUCACCCUCCUAUAACACCUCCCUUAAUCCAAGCUGCAAGCAAAACUCGUUACCUUGAAAUACCAAGGGUGAUUCAUGCACAUAAACAGGGUUCCUUACGUACAACUCGUGCAGAUCUGCAUCAUACUAAUCUGAACUGGCUGGUAGUCUCGUAAUCUGGGGAACCAGGUUCGAUUCCCCGCUCCUCCACAUGCAGCUGCUGGGUGACCUUGGGCUAGUCACACUUCUUUGAAGUCUCUCAGCCCCACUCACCUCACAGAGUGUUUGUUGUGGGGGAGGAAGGGAAAGGAGAAUGCUAACCGCUUUGAGACUCCUUAAAGGGAGUGAAAGGUGGGAUAUCAAAUCCAAACUCUUCUUCUUCUUCUUCUAGAGCAGGCAUCCCCAACCUGCAGCCCUCCAGAUAUUUUGGCCUACAACUCCCAUGAUCCCUGGCUAACGGGACCAGGGGUCAGGGAUGAUGGGAAUUGUAGUCCAAAACAUCUGGAGGGCCGAAGGUUGGGGAUGCCUGGUGUAGAGUUAACAAGGCUUUCUGCCUCAAGGGUCCAAGGUGGAUGAAACACUUGCUGCUUGUAAGCCAGGUGUGCUUUCUAAUUUUGUGUCCUUGUUUUCUUUUGCUAGGAACUUGACAGAGAGCUUCCAGUACUGAAACCUUACUUUGUUCAAAACCCCGAACUAGCUGGAAAAACCGGAGCUGGUAUGCGAGUAACAUGGCUUGGACAUGCUUCUGUAAUGGUGGAAAUGGAUGAACUUACACUUCUUACUGACCCCAUCUUCAGCCAGCGGGCCUCUCCAGUGCAGUUUGGAGGACCUAAGCGUUUUAGAGGACCUCCGUGUACUGUAGAUCAACUCCCCAAAAUAGAUGCAGUGAUGAUCAGCCACACUCAUUACGACCACUUGGACUACCACUCCGUAAUAAAUUUAAAUAGUCGCUUUGGCAGUGACCUGAGAUGGUUUGUGCCCCUGGGUCUUUUAGACUGGAUGCAGAAAUGUGGCUGUGAGAAUGUUAUUGAGCUGGACUGGUGGGGAGAAAACUGUGUUCCUGGUCAUGACGCAGUUACAUUUGUUUUUACUCCUGCCCAACACUGGUCCAAGAGGACUGCAACAGAUGACAACAAAGUUCUCUGGGGAAGCUGGUCUGUCUUGGGGCCCUGGAAUAGGUUCUUUUUUGCAGGAGAUACUGGCUAUUGUGUUGCAUUUGAGGAGAUAGGGAAGCGAUUUGGACCUUUCGAUCUUGCAGCUAUUCCUAUUGGAGCAUAUGAACCAAGGUACGUAAGCCAAUAAACUGGAGCCUGUGACUCAAGAUACAAAACCAGUUGUAGUUUUAUAUACAGCACCAACAGUGUGUAAAACACAGGCAGUGUCAUAGCCACGUUGGCCUACCAUGCCAAAUCACUCCUGCUUCAUUCUCCUCUAGUGUGAGCAGUAACAACAAACCACAAACCUUGGCUAAUAGCUGUCAACUUUCCCCUUUUCUUGCGAGGAAUCCUAUUCGGAAUAAGGGAAUUUCCCUUAAAAAAAGGGAAACGUUGACAGCUAUGCCUUGGCUUAUCAUGACAGCUUCCUUCCUUCCUUCCUUCCUUCCUUCCUUCCUUCCUUCCUCAGCCGCAACUGUGAAGCCAAGAACAGUUGACUUAAGAUUUACAGUGGUACUUCAGGUUACAAACGCUUCGGGUUACAGAUGCUUCAGGUUACAGACUCCGCUAACCCGGAAGUAGUACCUCGAGUUAAGAACUUUGCUUCAGGAUGAGAACAGAAAUCGUGCAGCAGUGACGCGGUGGCAGCAGGAGGCCCCAUUAGCUAAAGUGGUACCUCAGGUUAAGAACAGUUUCAGGUUAAGAACGGACUUCUGGAACAAAUUAAGUUCUUAACCCAAGGUACCACUGUAUUUGGAGAGAAACAAACCAUGAGCACUGUUUUGAACAUCACAGAAAACCAAGGUUCUUGGUUUGUUACUUGCAUGAAGGAAGAAGGGCAGUGGGAGUGAUACAUGCUGCGGAUUUAUGUUAAGCCAUGGUUUAUGGCAUACAAUGUCACCUGAACGGGGCCAAUGAAAACUCACAGUCUUAAAGACAGGCAGGAGGAAAGGCUAGAUCUUAAUGGGCAAGGGGUAGGUGAAGAUUGGCUGCUGGUUUUGUAUUACAGGAAAACUAAAUGUGAUUGAGAUGCCUUGUGGAAGAUGGGAAAUUAGAAUGAUUGAGAUGCAGCUUAACAGAUAAAUGAGCAAUCUCUUUUAGCAAUAUGGGAGAAGGGAACCAAGUGGGCCAGUAAGAGGAAAAGCUAUGCAACAGAUUGAGAAGGGCAGUAAGGGAGCCUUAACUUGGCCAGUGCAUGUCUGUGUAACUGGCAAGGAAAAAUGCUCUUCCCCUCUUUGGUAGGUGGUUUAUGAAAUACCAGCAUGUGGACCCUGAAGAAGCAGUAAGGAUUCAUAUUGAUGUACAAGCAAAGAAGUCUGUUGGAAUUCACUGGGGAACCUUUGCUUUAGCAAAUGAGGUAGGUGUGAACUAACCAUUUGUGCAGCUGCGGAUGUCCAUUCAAAAUAGUAGCAUCUAGAACUGCCUGUUCCAACCUGAUAGCAGAAAUAUCCUUUCUUCUGACUGAAAACAGAAAGUAUCAUUCACUUACAUCCCGGAGUUUUAGUGUAUGGGAGAACUGCACAUCCUGUGUUUUUGUGCUGUGUCCCCUGAUUGGAAGGAACAUUAUCUCAAGAAGAAUUGCAGUAGGCAGCAUCCUCUGAGGAAAGAUAAUUCUACUGCGUCUCUGUAUCAGGUGUGAUUAAGUGAUCUAAUUACAUCUGAUGCAAAGAGGCAGCAGAAUUACCUGCCCUCCGUGGAGACUUAAUUGGAAGGAGGCAAGGACAGAAUAGUGGGCUGUUUCCGCUGCAGGUGUGUAAUUUUGAAUGGAGAUUUAGUUUGAAUGGAUUUUUGGUAUAGGAGCUCCAACUAACUUAACUAUAUAUAAAAAAGAAGUCAUGUAGUGUUAUAUUUUUUUCUUAUGGACCAUUAGCAGUUUUCAAGGUGUUUCAAAUGCUUCAAAGAAAAUGGCCUCUGAUUUUAGUAUUAUUUUAUAGGCUGUCAAUUUUAGUUCUGAAGAUAGUCGAUUCUCUCUACAACGAAUUGUGUAUUGUCAAAGCUAGUUUUUCCCCCUCAGUUUUUAGUUUGACUUAAAUUUUGCUUAGUAGUAAGUCUGAAUGUCUUACAGAUACUCUGAAGCAAACUACUAAAGAAAGAAUGACAAGGGUGCUUUAAGAGAUUGUGUACAGCUUAGUUGCUCUGUCUUUAUAUACUGAAUUAAUAGUUGCUUUGUGUUAGAGUGACAAAAUCAUUGGAGGCAAUUUCACUUGGUAUGAAACUGGUUUCCUGAAUGUGUAACAAAAUCAUAUCUUAUCAGUAUGCAUAUCAUAUUAUAUCAGCAUACAUAUGUGCCAGUACCCCAACGUUCUUUGACAUUCUAGCAUAAUGAAGAAACUAACCCCCAGCCACCCAGAGAAACCCAGCUAGAUAUGUGAGGUAUAAAUGAUAAAAUUAUUAUUAUUAUUAUUAUUAUUAUUAUUAUUAUUAUUAUUAUUAUUUACUGGCCAACAACACAGGAUGAUGCUCUGCAGAUGAAGGGGCUGAGCAUAUAAGACCGUGGUUGAUUCUUAAAACUGGAAUUAGAAUCAGAAAUCAUUAAUGUUUAUGAAAUCCCUAAACUUUCUGGUAGGUGCUUGAGAAGGAUUCUGAACCCCACAGAUCCUCCACAUUUCAUGCCCUGCUAAGUACAGAGAUUCAGAAUGUAAACUAGUUCUGCUGGAAAAUUUAUAUGUUAAAAAAUUAAAAGGAUGGCCGGUAAGGACACUAUUUAAACAUUUACUGUCAAAAGGUGGCGUGCACAACUGGAGAGGUAUCUCCGUCAUAAAAUUUAUGAUUUGGCCACUGGACUUUGAUAAGUCAGUUGUACCAGCCCAAGGGUUUCGUAGAAUGUAGGCAUUGUUUAAUCCUCUCUGCCACAGUUCUUUUCAUUUACAAGUUUGCAGCAAGUAAACAUAUUUUGAUACAGUGGUACCUCGGGUUACAGACGCUUCAGGUUAUAGACUCCGCUAACCCAGAAAUAUUACCUUGGGUUAAGAACUUUGCUUCAGGAUGAGAACAGAAAUCACACGGUGGCGGUGCGGCGGCAGCGGGAGGCCCCAUUAGCUAAAGUGGUACCUCAGGUUAAGAACGGACCUCCAGAACGAAUUAAGUUCUUAACCCGAGGUACCACUGUAUGUUCUUUCAUACUGGUGUUUGAGCUAUUCUUGAAUUUACCAUGACUACAGUUCUCAGUCUGCAGUUGCUACUUAUUAGAUAACUAAGAAUAAUACUUUCCAAAUGUGGAAAACUAAUAACACAUUGUGUUGAGUUAGACUGUUUCUAAGGCGUUUCCCUAUCCUGCCUUCAGUCCUUUAACUGGAGACUGAAACUGGACCUGAUGCAGAGCAUAUUCAUCCUAAGAACGAGAGCCCUGGCUGGAUAAGACUAAAGGCCCUAUAUGCCUAUGGGGAAGCUCACAAGUAGGGCACGAGCUCUGUAAUGCCCUUCUUUUCAUGUUUCCCAGUAACUGGUAUGGAGAAGCAUACUCCUGACUCAUCACUGAGCUGUGGCCCCAUGGUUUUCUAUUAUUUUUUAGGAAUAUCUGCCUUUGUUGAGCACUUCAUACUUUCCCAUAAACGGGAAAGAUUGUGCUCACAAUCCAAUGCAUGUGAUCAUUCACCGGCAAGAACCGAGGUUACAAAUUGGUUCUGAUGUGUGCAAACAACUGCUCUCAUGAACAGUUGUAAUAUCUAAGAAGUUUAGUCAUGGAAAACAUAGCUUUUGUAAGCAGUGUGCAGUCCCAGAGUGCUCAGUCUGGACAAGUUACCACAGCUGCACAGAGCAGUUGAUUCAUCCUGAAAUAGCAGGAUCAGUUCAAUAACACGUGUUGCCACAAAUACAAGGUAUGCUUCAAGGGGGUAACCCCAUUCAGAGCUUAACAAGGACUUCAGAAGGAAAAAAGAAAAGUCUUAUUGGAUUUCAGUGGAACCAGAAUUCCCCUUAAGUUUGCAAGACUAAAGUAGUCAUACCUAUGAAGCUGUUUCACAACAGGCUUAUCCCGUCCUGACUGCUUGUUUUCUCCACAGUAUUACUUGGACCCUCCUGCUAAACUGAUGGAAGCUCUAGACAGAUACGGACUGAAAACUGAAGAUUUCUUUGUCUUAAAGCAUGGUGAAUCACGAGACUUAAAUAUUAACGAGGAUGGAUUUGAAUAAAAAUGGGGGGGGGAAAACGGAUUUCUUAUUAAUUGUAUCUGGGGGUGGGGGAAGCAAUUAAGGUUGAUACCUUUUUGUAAAAUUUUGAACAGGAUUUUUAAGAUUUCAGGAGUUUGCAUACCAGCCUUACAAAAUUGCAAGUUUUUAAUAAAUGAAUGAAAUAGCACUUGAUAGCAUUAACUUAGCUGCACAUGCCGUGUACAUAAGGAGUUAAUUGCAUUGCCCGUGAAGUCAUUUCACCUCUUUAAAACCAGUGCAGGUCACCUGCUAGAGAUUAACUAGGCCACAAUCCAUAAGACCCAAGAGGACCUGUGAACUCAAGGCUUUCUUGACAUAGCAACCCUCCCUCCCUCACUGAACUGCUAAGUGCUUUAACCCUCCCUUUCUAAAAAUCGGAUUUCUGGUUUAAAAAGUGGGGGAUUACACUGAAAAACAAGGCCUACAUACACAUGAAGAUUUGGAGCACAGAGAGUGUAACCUUAUGUUGGAUAAAGUGCUUAUGUAUAGAAUUCUGCAUGCAUUUGACUGCAAGUCUGUUAUAGUAAAAUCUCCCAUGGCAAUGGCCUUCAGGCCAGGGGCUCAUAUGCACACUCGUUUACCAUAUGCAUUGCUGUGCUUGUGGGACCCCUUCCUGCCUUGGAGUGGGGUGGGAAGAGCACAGUUAAGGCACUCCAUCAUUUCCACCAAUGAUCUGAUCAACAGGAAUUGGGUGGAAUUAGAAAACUGCAGAUAGGUUUUCCUGAAAAUGAUGGUAUGUGUGGAUUCAUAUACCUGGAAGGUCUUGCUGAAAUACCAUUAAUUUUUGGCAGGUGAUUAGGAUCAAAACCUUCAUUUGCAUACAUCCCACCAUCCUGUGAAACAGACACACUUUCUAAUCUUUAGCAUCCUUACUCAGAUGCCAAGCCUGCAGUGAUAGAACCAGUAUGCAUGUUUCAGAUUGCAUAUUUUUAAGCAGAAUCCUAACCAUGUCUACUCAGAAUCAAGUCCUAUUGAAUUCAAUGGGACUUCCUUCCUCAUAAGUGGGAUUAGGAGCACAGCCUUAGCUACUAUUGUUUAACAUCAGAAAGGGCUUGGGUUGUUUUUGGAUUAGGCUGAAAUCUGAAAUGAUCUAGUUCAGGGGAGUCCAGCAUGCAUCCUGAGGGCUGCAUGUGUCCCUUGAGGCCUUUUUAGUGGCCAUCAGCAACAUUUGAUGCUCCCCCCUGCAGCCCUUGCGCUGCCUUCCCAAAGCCAGGUAAGUGAGGCACUGGGCUUUGGGAAGGAGGUGUGAGGGCUCUGACUGGGUCCCAGAAUCCUCCCUCCUCCUUCCCCAGGCAUAGUUAGCGCUUUCCCAGCUUUGGGAAGAAGGUGGGAGUUCUAGGACCCUGUCAGGGCCUCAUGCCUCCUUCCCAAAGCCUUGCACCUUUCUUAUUGGCUGUAGAAAGGCAGCAAUGAGAGGGUGUCAUGGGGACCAAAUUUUGGCCUGUGCAAUAAGGUAGCGUGUGGCCUGCGGGUUCCGUCUCAAAGUACUCUUGCAGCCCACUUGGUGUAAAAUGUUGGGUUGUGCUGAUCUACUUAAAGAUCCUGAAACUACCCUGAUGGAAGUGGUUUUGAGUUUUACAACCAAUACAGUAGCCACAUGGAAAAUGUUUUUGAGUACUGCAGCAUUAGUGUGAAUAGUCCCAGCCCAUUAUCUCCCUUGAGCAGAAUGAUCACUUAGAGAAUGUGCCCUGUGCCUUCGUAGCUGUUGGAAAUUAAGAGGAUUUUUGAUGGUGUCUUCCAACACAACUAGUUGCUAAAAGCACAUUUUGAACAAAACACUGACUUUACUGAAUGCUUGUACAUUUUCAAUUGCAAAUGUAAGAGCCAAGUUUUGAAAUUAUAAAAUGUGCCUUUUCAAAGAGUUCUAACUACAAAAAAAUGCCUAUUUAUGUUGCUGCUGGCCAGAAUCUCUGUACACUUUGCAUUGUGUUGUCACUGUGAAAUUGUUCUAGCACAGGCCUGAACACUUCUUGUUUUGAGAAUAAGCAAGCUGCAUGUAACUGGAACCGUUUGUUCUCUGAAAUCUUUAUUCAGCUUGUUUUGUUUGUUCUUGCUCCCUGCCGCCUACUGUGGGUUUCAAAUGAAUUGGUUUGUCAGAAUGAUGUGGAAAAACAUAUACAAAUUGCUUAUAAAAUUUUAAAAGCAUGAUAUUAAUUUGUUCAACAUUGUAAAAAAUGGCCAAUUAUACAUGUGUCAAACUAGUAAAACUAAUUUACAAAAUAAAGAUUUCUCUUGCUC